AUGGCGAUGAGGAUGCGUUCCUACGUCAGGUGCUUGGUCCAUCUCGUGCUCCCCUUCCUCUUCUUCGCCUCCCUCCUCUACCAGUCCACCAGGCAGCCGCUCCUCGACGUGGCUGUGUCUGACAUCACUGCCGUCGCAACUGAAGGUGCUGAGGGCAAUGUCCUGACGGACGCGCCCCUGGCCUCCGGCGAUGCCAAUGUCACGACAAAUAAAGAUGGUGAAUCCAAGGUCGUGACCAAUGCGCCGCCAGCGUCCGCCGCCGCCGAGCCAGACUCAGACAUCACGACAACGGCAUCUACUGCCGGCAGCAGCACGAAUGGCGACGCUGACACCAUCGUGUUUGACUUCCGCCCGUACGUGUUCGUGUACAAGAGCGAGCGCGUCCACCGCUUCCACGGCACGGAAACCGUCCCGCCCGGCGUUGACGCGCUCACGGGCGUCGCGUCCACGGACGUCGCCGGCGCCAAUGGCGUCGGCGUGCGGCUCUACCUGCUGCCGAAGAACCAUCGCAUGGGCCGACGUGGCAAGAAGAAGAAGAACAAGAAGCUGCCCGUGCUGCUCUACUUCCACGGUGGUGCGUUCGUGAUCGAGUCACCAUUCUCGCCGCCCUACCACGCCUUUCUCAACAUCCUCGUCGCCAAGGCGGGCAUCGUGGCCGUGUCCGUGGACUACCACCUCGCGCCGGAGCACCCGCUCCCGGCCGCGUACCACGACGCGUGGGCGGCGCUCUGGUGGAUGGCAUCCAACUGCAUAUCGAGGCCGAAAGCCUUGCUCGCUGACCACGGAGAUGCCAUGCACAUCUUCCUGGCCGGCGACAGCGCCGGCGGAAAUAUCACCCACAACCUGGCGCCUGGCGGUGCGAGCCGGACCGGAGCCCCCGCUGCCCGGCGGCGCGGGCAUCGUCGAUGUCGUCCUCCUGACCCCGUACUUCUGGGGCAAGGAUCCGGUGGGUACGGCAUCGAUGACCCACACGUGAACCCGCUGGCGGCGCUUGGCGCCUGGCGCGGGAUGGCCGGGGAGCGCGUGCUGGUGACCAUCGCGGGGCGCGACAACUUCUGGGACCGGGCGGUGGCGUACGUAGAGGGGUUGAGGCGGAACGGCUGGCGAGGGGAAGUGGAGACGUACGUGACAGAGGGGGUGGCGCGCAUGCACUUCUUGGGCAACCCGAGGAGCGAGAAGGCUGAGCGGGAGACAGACAAGGUGGCCGAGUUCAUCGCCGGCGGUGGCCGUGUGGCAGUGGCUAGGCCAUGCUCUAGCAUAUUUUUGGGCCAUGUUUGGUAUCACGGUUGA